GGCUUCUCCAAGAAGAGUCACCCAUUCCUGCCCAAGAUCUUUAGGAAAAUGUCUGCUCAGGCCACCAAGGAGAGGCCUGAGAGCCUGCAGUUCCCCUUCCUGGACGAUGAGGACACCAUCUCCACCAUCAAGGAAUCCAAAACCUUCUUCAUCCUCCGGGGGCUGCCCGGCAGUGGGAAGUCCACCCUCGCCCAGGCCAUCCAAGAUCGGUACAAAGAUGCCUGCAAGGUCAUCUCGGUCGACAGCUACAAAAUCACUCCUGUGGUCAGGAGCAGCCUCCCUGAGGAGUACUCCAAGGUGGACGAGGACCUGGUGGAGUACUGCAAGCGGGAGGUGAGCAUCAUCGUGCUGGACGACAGCCACCACGAACGGGAGCGGCUGGAGCAGCUCUUCGACAUCGCCGACAAGUACCGGUACAAGGUCAUCUUCGCCGAGCCCAAGACCCCCUGGAGGGUGGAUUGCUCCCAGCUGAAAGAGAAGAACCAGUGGAAGCUGUCAGCCGAGGAGCUGAAGAAGAUGAAGCCCAGCCUGGAGAAGGAAUUCCUGCCCAUGUAUUUCGGGUGGUUCUUGAGCAAGAGGAGCUCAGAGAUCCUGCGGAAGGCUGGCCAGGCCUUCCUGGAUGAGCUGGGCAGCCUCAAGGCCUUCAAGAAGGAGAGCAAAUAUUGUAUGUAUGGAGAUGACCCCAAAAUCAAAAUCGACCUCACCAGCUACUUCGUGAAGAGGCCUCCCGGGGUCCUGCACUGCACCACCAAGUACAGCGAGUUCGGCAAGGCCGCGGGCGCCGAGGAGUACAUGCAGCAGGAGGCUGUGAGGGCUUCCUACGGCAAAGGCUUCACCCUGUCCAUCUCUGCUCUCUUCAUCACAACAAAAACUGUUGGUGCUCGAGUGGAGCUGAACGAGCAGCAGCUGCUGCUGUGGCCUGGGGAUGCCGACAAGAUCCUGCCCACCGACAGCCUGCCCAAGGGCAGCCGUGCCCACAUCACCCUGGGCUGUGCCAACGGCGUGGAGGCCGUGCAGACUGGCUUCGACCUGCUGGAGUUCGUGAAGCUGGAGAAGGCAGGGAACAAGGGGGAGCAGGUGGGGGAGAUUGGAGGGGGGAAGCUGCUGUACUUCGAUAAUGGGAUGUGGCUGCUGGUGCUGGCCAAGAAGCUGGAGGUCAGAGCUAUCUUCUCAGGGUACUACGGGAAAGGCAAACUGGUGCCAACACAGAGCACCAACAAGAGGGGCUCUGCUUUCAGCUCCUGCACCAUCAUCUAG